AGCUGGAGUGUACUAUGAUAGGGCCUUAUUGUGCUUUGUUGAAGUACUAGCACACUAUCGUUGCUGUCCCCUGCGAUUCCAGCAGGCAAUUCCAGCGCCAACGCAGGCAUCCCCUUCCUGCAAUUUACCCGGCUACCUGAUUUCUCCUUGUAACCGACAAUCGUCCAGUUGGCGCUUCCUUCCCAGAAAUAGGAAAGACUAGCAGGGGUAUCUGACGAGGCCUCAGGCUAUUUGUGACAGUCUAAUGGCGUACGUUAUCUCCAAUUCUGAAUCUCAGCCCUAGUGUGAUGCACAUCCCCGCUUCAAAAUGCACGACCACUUGGUGGCAGGAGUUCUCACUUGUUGGGCAAUCCCCCUUCCCUGAUUUAUAGCCCCGAUGGUCACUGAUCCUUCUCGCUUCGCUUGGCUUCUCGCCCUUCUCUACGCUGCUCGAAUUGUGCUGAGCUUUUAUCACCUUCUGCACUGUCUUCAUUUUAGUUGAUCACCAUUAAAUGGGGAACGCCACAGAAACGAUAAAUUAUGGAUGGGUUGCUUCUCCUGAAGGCAGAGGUAGUAUUGACAUAUUAUGGUCUUGUUGUACUACCGUCCUCCUCUGCUGUUGGGUGUCUGUGUAUCCCAACGUAGGUUCUCCUAAUGACAGCAAGUGGCACCCACUCAUCGACAAGUUCAACCUUUUUUGCAUCAGCCUCUUGGGCCCGGACUUUCUCUUUGGGAUUGCUUGGGGGCAGUUCGAGAGUGCAAGGCGCAGUGUAAAGCUAUUCCGAACUGAUGAGCGGUUCAGUAAAGACUUCAAAUGGACUUACAAACAUGCGUUCUUUGUUGACAUGGGGGGUAUACAUCUGAGGAGUCCCGACUUUCCUGAAGGGUUUCCUAUAGACGCCCAGCAACUACACUACCUGAUCUCACAUAGAUAUGUAGACAUCCCCGACAUGGAACAGAUGGCGAUUGAAGAGCGGAAUUCUGUCGACACACUGUCUCGCAUUAUAGCUGUGUUCCAGGCAUUCUGGUUUUUCAUUUCUACUUUCGAGAGAUUCCGUUUAGGUUUCUCAGUAACAACAUUGGAGUUGACGACUGUUGCGUUUACGCUAGUGAUGUUUGCAACAUCCGUCACCUGGUGCUACAAGCCAUGCAUCAGCAAGCCUCGGUAUAUUUCGACCAAGGACGACAUCACUGUGCAGGCUAUUCGUGAUGCCAUGAAGCGGAGCACCCAUCCACUACUACCAGGUCAUUGGUAUCGGACGCCGCUUGAUUAUAUUACGCAUGAUCGGUUUGGGAUUGAUAUUCAUUGGAAAUAUUACACCCGACUCGCCCACAUCCUCCAUAUCCCCAUCUUUUCACGGCCAGUGCGUGCUCGACCGUGGGAUCGGUUCCCCUCGGAUACAUGGCUAUGCCCGGACUAUAAGUACUCGCCACUGGCCUUGAUCAUCCUACUGGGUUUUAGCGCACUAUUUCUCGUGGCCUGGGACUUCUACUUUCCUACCUACACUGAGAAGAUUAUGUGGAGGAUAAGCAGCGUAUACAAUGCCGCCUUUUCGAUCUACGGUGGUGUCUACUACUUAAUUGAGAUGUACAGAAGCAAACGACGGGCGAUUGGGUCGAAACGACUCGAACAGUUGACCGAAGAGAUACCAACAAGUCGUCCGGUGUACCAUCAUGCUAGUGACUCAGACCCGGAGACACUGACCAGUCUGCGGGACAGUCUACUCGGGUUGCAGAAUAUCUCCGAAGAGCAUGAUCCGGAGAUGGCCGUCUCGCUUCCGGUGCUGAUUCCCGUCACGAUCACAUGCGCCCUUUAUGUUUUUGCACGCGGUUAUAUCUAUGUAGAGGAUUUUAUUUCUCUCCGAGCGCAGCCCAGCGGCGUCUAUGCCGAUGUGAAUAAAUUUCUACCAUUUCUGGGGUAAAGGUCUGUGAUUCAAGAUGUGGUUCAUACUUGUGUCAGAGAAAGAUAAUUUUUCUCUGUCGCUACAGUGGUGACUGAAAUUGGAAACCUAUUUCUUCUAUUUGUGACUUGGAUCGUCUUCAUCAUGACAGUGUUUCCGAGAAUUGUCACAGCAAAGUUUCAAUCAUACUUAACGCGAUAAACUCGAGAAAAGCAAGGAAAGCGUCUGAAAUGUGCAUUACUGUGCAUCACGGACAAUUUCCAAUCAAACACCGAGGUGCCUUUCCCUAACAAAUCUGAAUGGCUUCCCUUUUGCACGAAUAGUAAGGAG